GUGCGCCCUGGUCGUUUGUCUGAAAGUCUGUUGGGGCUUGAUCUUGCCUUGCGAAAGGACGUUUAGUUGCUUCCGAGGUUUGUGUUGUUUGGUUUGAUCUGUGGUGUUGGGGAUACUGCGAAAGCACACGAUGGAGGUGGACACUCUUGUUGUCCCGAUGGGAGUUCCUCAAGCACCAGAAUCUCCUCAAGACGAAGAGAGGUCGAUAGACGAUUUCGACCCUGAUGACCCAACGGUAACUGAGGAGAUGGCCGAAGAGGAGUCUGCUUUGCACGAGGAGAGCGGCGAGCGUGCGACAGAGGAACAAACAAAGGUGAUAGCUGAGUAUCAAGCCAUGGAGACAGCUCAUCGCAGGAAGCGUCUCAACCACUUGCUGGAGAAGUCAAACCUGUACGCUAAGUUCCUGCUGAGCCGCAUGGAGAGGCAGCUGGAAGCGGACAAGAAUCGCCGAGCGCGCAAGUCGGAAGCGGCUGCGACGCGCGACGUGACGAUCGAGACGGCACCGCCGUCACCACCACGUCACUCUCCGGCUACGAGUCACUGCGACGACGCGUCCAAGACAACAACGGAACCUGCCCCGUCCACAGCCAGCAGUCAGCCCAAUGCCACCGAGAGCGGAGCAAGUCUACGCCGUUCAUCGCGGCGAUCAAAGAGUUCCGUAAGCACAUUGGAACUAACACCGUCGCAAUCAUCGUCAUCCAACAGGACCUCACCGGCAACUAGCGAUGCUGGCACCGAAGACAAGCCACCGAAAACGUCUCGACGGAAAGUCGUGCCGAGGAAGCCGUCUUCCCCCCUGCCCACGCCGACAUCCAGUCAGUGUAGUGACGAGGAUGAGACGGUAUCGCCGUCGUUACGGCCAUCACGCAAGCGCAGGCGGCCUGCUCACAUGGCGGAUUAUAAACUGGCUGACUACCUGGACCAUGACUCGUUGUCUAAGCGCGUAAAGACCACAGUGAAGCCACCAGCACGUUCGGCCAAGGAGACCAAAGCAGCGGAUUCUGAAGAGCCACUCACCGAGGCUGCUCCAACCACUGCAGCAGCGGCGACGGCCGUGUCGGGUAACCAACCCAUGGAAACGGCAUCUGCUACUGCCACCGCUGCUUCUGCCGAUGAUGACGGUGCUAUCCUUCAGCCUAAGUUACUCAGCGGUGGCACCCUGCGUGAGUACCAGCUUGACGGGCUGCGUUGGCUGAAAGUUCUGUACGAGAACGGCGUCAACGGCAUUCUGGCCGACGAGAUGGGCUUGGGAAAGACCAUCCAGUGUAUCUCACUGAUCACCCAUCUCAUCGAGUUCGGCAUUGAAGGUCCGUUUCUGAUCGCUGCACCGCUCUCCACGCUUCCCAACUGGGUCAACGAGUUCAAGAAGUUUGCGCCCCUGGUGCCCAUCUGCCUGUACCACGGAUCCGGCACCAACCGUGAGCAACUGCGUCGUGGCUUCAAGAAGCGCAAGGUGGACAUUCCCGACCUGAACGUGGGCAAGGUCAUGCCCGUCAUCAUCACAUCCUACGAGAUCAUAAUGCGUGAUCGCAAGUUCCUGCAACGCUGGCUCUGGAAGUACAUCAUUGUUGACGAGGGACAUCGCCUCAAGAACCUGAACUGCAAGCUCAUCAGGGAGCUGAAGCAGUACAGCUCGGCUAAUCGGCUGCUACUGACCGGUACACCUCUGCAGAACAACGUCAGUGAGCUAUGGUCACUGCUCAACUUCCUGCUGCCGGACAUCUUUGACGAUCUGUCCAGCUUCCAGUCCUGGUUUGACUUCAGUGACAUUGCUGAUGAAGCUGGCAAGCAACGCAUCAUUGCCGAACAAGAACAGCGGAAUGUGGUGGACACAUUGCAUCAGAUCCUGACGCCGUUCCUGCUGCGGCGUUUGAAGAGCGACAUUGAACUCUCCAUUCCCUCCAAGAAGGAAGCAGUCGUCUAUGCUAAGCUGACGGACGUACAGCGGACAUUCUCCAAGGCGCUGCUUGCUGUUUCGCUGAAGAAGGAACAUGAGAACCGACGUAAGCCACGGCGGCAGAGUGCGGCCAUUGCUGGGGCGGCUGCCGAGGUCGAUGAUGACACAAUUGAGGACAUCGACUUGGAGGAGAUGAUCCGCAAGAACAAGAGAGAGUGCGGCGUGCUGGCGCAGUCGGUCGUGAACCUGUCGCUGUGCAACGUGCACAUGCAGCUGCGCAAGUGCUGCAACCACCCCUACCUGAUCGAGUACCCACUGGAUGUGUACGGCCGAUACCGGGUCGACGAGGAAAUCGUCACCAGCAGCGGCAAGAUGAUGGUUCUUGAUUCGCUGCUGAGAUACUUACGCUCUCACGGACAGAAGGUGCUCGUGUUCUCGCAGAUGACUAAGAUGUUGGACAUCGUUGAGGACUACGCGGGAAUGCGUAGCUACUCGUUCUGCCGCUUGGACGGCAGUGUGAGCCUGGACGAUCGACAACAGCAGAUCAAAUACUUCAAUGAGGAACCGGAUGCCUUCUUGUUCCUGCUGAGUACUCGUGCCGGUGGUCUGGGAAUCAACUUGACUGCAGCUAACGUUGUCAUUAUCUUUGAUAGUGAUUGGAAUCCGCAGGCCGAUCUGCAGGCACAGGACCGUUGUCAUCGCAUCGGACAGACGAAGCCGGUCACGGUACUGCGAUUGGUGGCGGCCAAUUCCAUUGACCAGCACAUGGUGGAGAGAGCUGGUGCCAAACGCAAGCUGGAGAAGAUGAUCAUCCACAAGGGCAAAUUCAAGGGUCGCAACCAGGACGAUGCGCCUGUCAACUCAGCAGAGCUGUUGAAGAUGUUGAGCAGCGAGGAACACGACGAGAGUAUGUCCAGUAAUGCCAACCGUCUCGACGACGAGAAGAUUGCUGCACUGCUGGAUCACAGCUCGGUGACUGUGGCUGUAUGAUAUUGGCCUUUUCACAGCCCAGUUCCGUUCCAUCCUUGCUGACUGUCCCACCGCGUAACUCCACAAACUCACCCAUUGUCCCAGCUAGCAGUCCCACUACCACACAUUUUACACUGUUUUCAAGCUUCUUGUCAAGUGUGCAAAGAAGCUUCGUUUUUUUACCACAUUCUAAUGAGUUCCAUCAAUAUUUGUAUGAGUACUUGGCAACUUCUACUGUACCCUGACUUUCGAAUAUACAAUUGGGUCUAGAACUCUAGAUGCUUUUAGAUACAAAUUCUGCUGCUGCUGCUGCUAUCCCCGACAUGCUUUAGCCUGUAGUUAUUUACUGAGAUUUCCCACUGAUCGUAGUCCUCCGGCUGAAGUAUUUAUUACGGCCCCGCACGCCUUCUGAUCCUUCCGAUCAUCACGUUGAACGAACUAGUAACUACCUUGGUGUAGUGUUUGUAGUUGUAUCGACAUGCCAUUGCCAUGGUAGUGUUGCUACACUCCAGAAAACAGAGUAGAAAAUUAGUCAAUAGCGCACUGCAUGAUCUAGAAAGACAGAUGUCUCCUUUCUUUCUUUCUGAAUUGUGUCCGUAUAUUUGACCCAAUGCUCUUUCUGUUCACUGCUGCCUUACUUAAACACCGGCAUCGCUCAGGUGCUGUGCGAUUCAUUCCGGCGUUGCUCCUGCUCCGCUUGCAUUCCGUGAUCUUGUGCUGCUCGCUAUUUCUCGACUUUUUUUCAGAAAUGACGACUGUUGUAAACAUCCACUUGUUUUGUGUCCAUCUGCGACGAACAAAUUCCAGACCAUCGA